CGUGGAUUGGCGGUCGGCAUCCCCGCCUUUCGUAUUCUGGCCGCAUGGCUGGUGGCUGCAUGUCUGGCAUGUUCGGCCGGCGGACCGACCAAGUCCGUCUCUUUGCUUACCCCGGCCAGUCCAACAUGACAGGUCGUCGUCUACCCUUGUCCUGGCCUGCCGAGAUCCGUGCGUCACCUCAGACGGACUCUGCAAACACGUUCAUCUUGCUCGACGCCGCAGCCUUAGCCACAACGGCGCCGCUGAAUAAUGUCUUCCGCAAUCCAGCCACGGCGCCAGACUUCACGUGCGUCUCCUUCUAUAAGAUAUUCGGCUUUCCGGAUUUGGGAGGGCUGAUUAUUCGCAAGAACCCCGCAACGAUGCGCAUUCUUGCAAGCCGACGGUACUUCGGUGGUGGGUCUGUUGACAUGGUGACGGUGCUGGGUGACGACGCCUUCCACGCCAAGAAGACGAUCAACCUGCACUCGAGCCUUGAGGACGGUACGCUGCCGUUCCACUCGAUCAUUGCGCUCGGAACCGCCAUCGACACGCACGAGAAGCUGUUCGGCAGCAUGGCGCAAAUUAGCUCUCAUACCGCAGCGCUGGUCCGUGAGUUGUACACCGGGCUCACCAGUCUGCGUCAUAGCAACGGGUUGCCAGUCGCGCGGAUCUACAACGAGCAGUCGGCCAUGUAUGGUGACGCACGCACGCAGGGUGCCGCCAUCGCACUCAACAUCCAACGUCCAGACGGCAGCAUCAUCGCGCCAUCUGCGGUCGAGACCGCCGCCAACGCCGCGCAUAUCUACCUGCGCAGCGGCAGUCUGUGCAAUCCGGGGGGCGCGGCGGCGUAUCUCGAAUGGAGCGGGGCGGGGUUGCGCCAGCUGUAUGCCGAAGGGCUACGCUGCGGCGCACCCUCCGAGAUCCAUGCAGGAAAGCCCGUCGGCUUGGUGCGCGCGAGCUUGGGCACCAUGAGCAUCUUGGCCGAUGUAGAGGCGUUCGUAACGUUUCUACGCGAGCAGUACGUCGAUUGCAUGGCUGACUGCGGUGCCGUCCCUGAAGCUAUGUCGUACGAUUCAUCGACGAAGCUGGAUUUUGGCGACUCAGAGAAACAUGCUCCACAAGCUGUGGACGUGGAAAACCAGGCUGGCUGGAGCUUGUUCAGAUGCUGUUUAUGACGUGAGUGAUGGGGUACUGUUGGCAUUGUAAGCUUUUUAGGACCACGGUAGGAUAGGCAAUACAUCUAGCAAUACAAAAGGUAACAUGCUUAAUCUAGUGCGAUCUAUUUCAGUUGCCAAUGGAAAGAAUGCUGAUAUCGAACUUGAAAUGUAAAGAAUGCGGGAUUGAACGUAAAUGCAAUGAUCAAACCGGAUGAACGCACCAUGUUGCAAGCGCAAUUGUACCGAAGUCAGCAUUUGACAGGGUAUGAGCGAUGAUCGGGUAUGUGUCUG